GAGUCGGACAUGGAGGAGCUUCUCAUCCGCCAGGUGAGGACGCUCGAUGACGUGAACGAGUUCUUCGACGAGUUCGACGGCGUUGUGGCGGUGCCGAACGAGGGCCACCUCAAGUACGAGGUGGGAAGUGACGGUCUCUGUGUCGUGCUUGUUGACUCUGUUGGAUUGAAGGAGAAAGUUGUGACGUUCGUGCGGGAGUACAUG